UCAACUUUGCUCUCUCUCUCUACCCUUCUCCCUCCCUAGCUCUAGCAGUGCGUGAAAGACCUUCCACUGGAUGUGCAAUUUCAUGCCCAACAAUUUCAUUGGAGGAGAUGAGUUCUUCUUGUGGGCUAUUUGACAUCAGGUGUUUGAAGACAAGAAGUAGUAACAACAAGAGAGCACAUACUAGAGACACAUACACAAGCACAAGUGGUGAUCAAAAUGUUUUAUUGAGCUCUCAAAGAAGAUCUAUCUACAUCUUAAUCUUGUGCAUUACAAGUCUAAAAGGAGAAGCAAGUGCAAACAACGAGUCUCAUCUUUUCAGCUCUCCUCACCUCAAGCUUAGAGGUUUGUGCAGCCAUUGGAAAAAAGAUCAAGGACAUGAAGAAGAACAAGUGCAACUUAGUACUAACCAUGAAGCUCAACUCCAAAAGAGACACAACAAGAAAGCUUACCAUCCAGAUAUUCGACCCAGAGUGCUUAUUCUUCAUUUUCCAGCUGCAGAUCCAACUUCAGGUGAUGGUGAUGUUGAAGGCCCUGCCUUCUUUUGAAGGAGGGAACCUGAUGAUACACAUGAAUAAAUAAUCAUUUUGAUCUUAAAUUGGCUGGCCGGCGGGCCAGCCCUUUUCUGUGGAAAAGGUAACUUGAAGCGGGCCUGUAAGUAACAUAAUUAAGGUUUAAUAUGUUGUGGUUAUGGUUCGUACACAGAGGUCCGAUGGGCCAACAAAACAGGAAGGAAGGGGUCAGUCUUAGAAUACGGAGCUGGAAAUCACUCAUCAGGAAAUGUAAAAUGCGGCGAUUAGUUUAUUGGGUUGUUAAAAUUCAUAUAUUUGUUUAUUUAUUUUCUAAGUAUCGAUGUGUCUUACAUACUCUUAAGCAUCUCUGAGUUGGAAGACAAAAUUAUUAAAAAAAGGGUGAUCCUAUCUUAACAUAGGGUUGCUAUGCAUAUUUUGUAACAUGUAAAUAUAAAUACAUGUUAUUUUCCUCUUUGGUCGUCAAAUGUAAGAUUUUGGUGGUUU